AGAGGUUCAGAGACCAGGCCACAGCCGUCAUCUCCCACAUCAAGAGCGUCCGCAGCCUCCACAUCAUGAGCCACAUGCCGAUCUUCUGCUGGAUCCUCUCCACAGUUCUACAGAAACUUCUGGAACAAACAGAAACCAGAGCUGCCCCGGACUCUCACACAGAUGUACGUCCACUUCCUGGUGGUGCAGGCCAAAGUCCAGAACAUCAAGUAUCACCAGGGAUCAGGGGAGGACCUUCACUGGACUCCAGAGACCAGGGAGAUGGUGAAGUCUCUGGGAAAACUGGCCUUUGAGCAGCUGCAGAAAGGAAACCUGAUCUUCUACGAGAGUGACCUGAGCGAGUGUGGGCUGGACGCUGCAGCGGCCUCAGUGUACUCCGGAGUGUUCACACAGGUCUUUAGAGAGGAGCCAGGCCUGUACCAGGACAAGGUCUACUGCUUCAUCCAUCUGAGUGUGCAGGAGUUUCUGGCUGCUCUUCACGUCCAUCAGACCUUCUUCAGCUCUGGAAAGAACCUGCUGGAGACACCACACUCCUCUGAGAGUCCAGACCCCAAAGCCUUCUACCGCUCUGCUGUGGACCAGGCCUUACAGAGUCCAAACGGACACCUGGACCUGUUCCUGCGCUUCCUCCUGGGGCUGUCUCUGCCGACCAAUCAGAGGCUGCUGCAGGGUCUGCUGACUCACACAGGAAGUGAACGGACCAAUCAGGAGACAGUAAAGUACAUCAAACAGAAGCUGGAUGAAAAGGGUCUGUCUGCAGAGAGAAGUCUGAACCUGCUCCACUGUCUGAACGAGCUCAACGACCACAGUCUGGUGAAGCAGAUGCAGUGGUACAUGAGAGGAGGACGUUUCUCUGAUAAACACAUGUCUCCUGCUCUGUGGUCUGCUCUGUCCUUCGUCUUACUGUCCUCAGACUCAGACCUGGAGGAGUUUGACUUGAGGAAAUACCAGGCCUCAGAGACAGCUCUCCUGGGUCUGCUGCCGGUGGUCAGAGCCUCCACCAAAGCCCUUCUUUGUGGCUGUGGUCUGUCUCCUCACAGCUGUGGUCCUCUGGCCUCAGUCCUCAGCUCCUCCAGUCUCACACAUCUGGAUCUCAGUCACAACGACCUCCAGGACUCAGGAGUGGAGCUGCUGUGUUCUGGACUGAAGAGCGCCCCCUGCAGACUGGAGACGCUCAGGCUGUCUGGAUGUCUGGUCUCAGAGAGGGGCGGGGCUGCUCUGGCCUCAGCUCUGAGCUCCGCCCCCUCCCACCUCAGAGAGUUGGACCUGAGCUACAACCAUCCAGGACCCUCAGCAGAGCUCCUGACCGCUCUACGGGACCAGCGCCCCCUGCUGUCUGUCAGGUUGGAUCCUGCUGGAGAGUGUUGGAUGGUCCCAGGUCUCAGAAAAUACUCCUGUGAGUUCUCUCUGGACCCAAACACAAUUCACACAAUUCUCAAACUGUCUGAGGACAAACAGGAAGUCACCUGGAUGAGAGAGGAGCAGCUGUAUCCAGAUCAUGAGGACAGAUUCACAGACCAAACUCAGGUCCUGAGCUCCACUGGCCUGAGGGGGCGCUGUUACUGGGAGGUGGAGUGGAGAGGGGGGGUCGAUAUAGCAGUGAGUUACAGAAGAAUCAGACGGAGAGAAAUAAGAGAGGAGAGUAAAUUUGGAGAAAAUGAUCAUUCAUGGUGUCUACGGGUCAUGAAUGGACGAUACACCGUCGUCCACAACAGCACAGCAAGAUACUGUCCACGAGGACCUUCAGUAGUAGAUGAUGUGUCCGUUGGCAGAGUGGGUGUGUUCCUGGACACUGAGGUUUUAUCUUUGUCCUUCUAUGAUGUCCACUCUGAUGGAGAACUGAUCCAUCUCUACACCUUCACUUCCUCUUUCACUGAGCCUCUGUUCCCUGGGUUUGGGCUGUGGUGGGAUAAGAGUUCAGUGUCUGUGGUGAAAGUGAAAACACAGUGACAUAAAAGAAGGACUCUGUGUAACUUUAUGACUUUGUGAAGUGUGUGUGGUGGGGAUGGGGCUGAGCAGUGCAGAGUUUUGUAAAUGUCGACAACUGUUUGAGAUUUUAAGUUUAUCAUGUAAACAAUUAUAAUUCAUCACAUUCAUAUCGUGUUUUUGGACUUUUAACUGCGGGAAAAAUUUAAAAAGA